GUACGUGUAUAGACAUAUAACAGUACUAGUAUACAUCUCUAUGGUUAGUUAUGAAGUUCUGCUUUUUCUGAUAAUGGACACACUGGUUUAAUACUAUUCCCAUCUCUUAAAAUGGCAUCCAAUCCAGAGAGCGAUUUGCACAAACUUGAAGAUCCUCCUACACAAAAGAAGAUUGACCAGUGGAUCAAAGAUGGUAUUGAUUUGGUGUUUCUAAUUGGCAAUGGGGAGAUAAGAGAUGCAGUUGGUGUGAGACAAUAUCUUGAUUUGUCAAGCAAUCCCAUUGACAAAAGGAAUGAUACAGGACAAACACCAUUGAUGGUUGCAUGCAGAAAUAGAAAGAAGGAUGUUGUUACUCUUUUGUUGGACGCUGGGGCUGACCCUAACCUGACUUGCACUGUCAACGGUAGCACUGCACUUCAUUAUGCCUGUGAAGGGGAGGGAAGUGUAAUGUUGCGAUGUAGAGAGGAACCAAGUUACCCUCAAGACGAGCUCCGUGUCAUCAUAGAUAUCGUGAAAGUACUUGCAAGUCAUGGCGCUGUUCUGCAGGUAAAUGACAAGGGAUUGAGUCCAGUUUAUAUUGCAGCUUUGAAUCGUUUCAAAGAUGUAGUGGAUUUCUUCACAUCAAGCAAUAUGCUAACGGUGCCAAUUAGUGUCAAGGUCAAAGCAUAUGAACUGUUGGGAGCUUCACAGGCAGUCUUUGAUAAGCACCAUACUAUGGAUGCCUGUAAAUCAUUUCAUCUAGCAGCAUCUUUUCAUUCUUCUGAGGAUAGCGAUGUAACAUCUUGCCAUGUCACUUCUGAUCUGGAUGCCUGGUUUGUAAAUUUGAUGGACAAAAAGAAUCCAAGUGACUCUGAAAUGUCUAAGGUCAAAAUGAAAGCCUUGUCUAUUGCUGUUAAAAGCUUACCUAACAAGGCUCUUGACAACUUCUGGAAUGAUUCAAUCAGUCUUGCCGUAGAUGAUUUAUUUAAUGGUAAGGCUAUUGAGAAAGGAUAUGAACUGUUUGCUGCACUCAUAAAAGCUGAAAUGAAGCAUGAGAGUCUCUCUGGCUCUGUCAUGGAGAUACUGGAUGAGAAGGGUACAUCAACGCUCUAUCGGGAUUCGCCAAAACUACACAUGCCUUUUAUUCCUAAACUGUUGGAGGGUUAUGCUGAUGCUUAUAGAAUCAGCAAUACCCAGCCCCCGUACAAGAGCAUUGAACAUAUGGGGAAUAUGAUAUUCAACAUUGCAUAUUACUUGUCUGAAUCAAAAUACCUAGUGGAAUGCCUUCCGUUCAUUGGCCACAUUGUUAACAUGAAGAGGAAAGAUGUGAGUGGAAAUGAUGGGGAUGAACGUAAAUCAGUUUUGUAUGUCUUCUUUGAACGGAUGGCAGAGGAUAUGUGGGAGGAUGUGUACAGCUGGCAAAGCAAACAAACAAGAAAUAGAUUGAAGUUUACCAUUUGUAGGCUCCUCCACUACAAUGGUCUGGACAGAGACUUGGACAAAUCCCUCUUGGAAACACUACUUGAGGUUGCUCCUGUGGCUCGUGAUAGGGAUUUUAUUGUGUCAGUUGCUCAAGUAUUAAUACGGUAUGGGUGCCCGACUGAGGAUGGUUGCCUUGUCCUUGGUGAUAUAGAGGAUGAUGACCAAGAGUUGUCAGAGUUAUUUGAACCUACAAAACCAAUCCCUCUAGAGGAACUAGCUGCCAGAGCAAUACUCAACAAUAGGAUACCAUACAGAGAGAUGCUUCCUGAUGUCUUGUGUGAAAAAAUAGAGGGAGAAAAGCUGUUCCCUGAUUCCUCUGAUUUGGAUUCAUCAACUGAAUCAGACAAUGACUCUGAAUUCUUGAGGCAUUGGUCCGAGAUCCAUACUGAUAUCCUGAUGGCAUCAGAAUCAGAAAACGAUUGUCAAGAAGUUGGGGAUCCUCCUUGCCAGAAGGAGAAGAUUGAUCAGUGGGUCAAAGAUGGUGUUGAUUUGGUCUCUCUGAUGCAUGAAGGCAAGGUGAGCAAUGCGGAUGAUGUGAGACAAUACCUCGCCCUUUCAAAUAAUCCCGCUUGUGUGGAUAAACCAAAUGGAGUAGGACAAACACCUUUGAUGAUUGCCUGCAGAAAUAGACAGAAAGACAUUGUUAAUCUCUUGUUGGAAGCUGGAGCUGACCCUAACCUGACUUGCACUUAUUAUGGUUGCACUGCACUUCAUUAUGCCUGCGAAGGGGAGAAAAAUCUAAUAAAACGGUGUAGAGAGGAACCAAACUACCCUCAAUACGAGCUCAGUGAUAUCAUAGAGAUUGUGGAAGCACUUGGCAAUCAGGGCGCCAUUCUGAAGAUGAAUGAUAAGGGGUUGAGUCCAGUUUGUGUUGCAGCUUUGAACAGUUUCAAAGAUGUAGUGGAUUACUUUGCUUCCAGCUCUGUUAUUUCAAUGCCUGUUGAUGUCAAGGUUAAAGCUUUUGAACUGUUGGGAGUUUCGCAAGCAGUCUUUGAUAAGCACCAUACUAUGGAUGCCUGUAAAUCAUUUCAUCUAGCAGCAUCUUUUCAUUCUUCUGAGGAUAGCAAUGUAACACCUUGCCAUGUCACUCCUGAUCUUGAUGCCUGGUUUGUAAAUUUGAUGGACAAAGAGAAUCCAAGUGACGAUGAUAUGUUUGUGGUCAAAGCAAAAGCUAUAGUCAUUGGUUUGCAUUGUCUUUCUAAUGAAACCAGAAAUGAACAUGACUUCUACGACACCUUGGCCGAAUAUGGUCAGCUAGCAUUGUUUGAAGGCAAAGCUUCACAAGAAGGAUACGAGAUGCUUCGAGACCAUAUCCACGGAGAGAUGACGGAUGAAUACACAACAAUAGGGACAGUGAUGGAGAUGAUCAGGGAUGCAUUAGAACCUGCACUAUGUACUCGAAGUGGUGAAUCUUCAAUGUUAAAAUAUAUUAUCAAACUGUUGGAUACCUAUGCUGAAGAAGUGGAUGCAGAUAGCAGUGCGCAGCUAGAUGUGUGGGAAGUAGUUGAGGUUCUUGGAAAUGUGAUGUUUGGGUUUACAUAUUAUCACUCACAGACAAAAUACCUAGAGUCCAGUUUUCCAUCUGUGGUGCGUGUUUUCAACUGUCUCAAAAAAAUUGCUACAGUUUAUCAUGCAGGGAUGGAGAAGUCAAUUCUGUCAGUCUUUAUGGAUAAGUUGGCUCAAACCAUGUGGGAAGAUAUGUACUGUGGCCAGAGCAACGAGACAAAGAAACGCUUGAAGUAUACUAUCUGUCGGCUCCUCCACUACAUUGGCUUUGAUCCAGAUACAGAUUCAUUCUUGCUCGACACCUUCCUUCAAGUUUUCCGUGUUGCUUAUGAUACAGAGUGGAUACUCUCCAUUGCUCACGUGUUGAUCCGCUAUGGUUGUGACACUUCAUGUGUUACGCUUGUGGAUGUGGAUGAAGAUGAUGAAGAUAUGCCAGUACUGCAGGAACUCUUGAGUCCAUCUACUAGUCCUCCCACACUUGAGGAGCUUUCUGCUCGGGCAUUACUCUGCUAUGGGAUACCAUACAGAGAGAGACUUCCUGAUAUCCUGUGUGAGAAAAUAGAAGGAGAAAAGCUGCAUCCAGAUCGUUCUGAAUUGUUCUUGGCAAAUAGAGUCAAUAGGAAUAUCUUUGUCUUUCCUCUGUCUUGUAGUCAAACUCUAUCUUUUGAGCAAUAUAGUAGGAGAAUUAAAACCUGGGAUAUUCAUAUUCAUUUCCUCCUCAGAUUCUUGAGGCCUUUGUCUGAUAUCGUCAUCCUGAUGGCAUCGGUCAUAGAAAGUGGUUGCGCAGAAGAUGGAAAUUGUCGUAUUGAUGAGUGGAUCAAAGAUGGUGUUGACUUAGUACAUCUCAUUGAGCACAGACAGUGUAAUGUGGAUGGUGUGAGACGGUACCUUGAUUCUUCAGGUGAUCCUUCUUGUGUUAACAGAUGUAAUCACUUGGGACAAACACCCCUGAUGGUCGCCUGCAAAUAUAGACAGAAAGACAUUGUUAAUCUCUUGUUGGAAGCUGGAGCUGACCCUAACCUGACUUGCACUGUCAGUGGUAGCACUGCUCUUCAUUAUGCCUGUCAAGGGGAAGAAAAUCUCAUUCAAAAGUGUAGAGAGGAACCAAACUUCCCUCAAUUUGCCCUUGAAGACGUCGUAGAGAUUGUGACAGAACUUUGCAAUCAGGGCGCAGUUCUGAAGAUGAAUGAUGAGGGAUUGAGUCCAGUUUGUGUUGCAGCUUUGAACAGUUUCAAAGAUGUAGUGGAUUACUUUGUUUCCAGCUCUGUUGUUUCAACGCCUGUUGAUGUCAAGGUCAAAGCAUAUGAACUUUUGGGAGUUUCGCAGGCAGUCUUUGAUAAGCACCAUACUAUGGAUGCCUGUAAAUCAUUUCAUCUAGCUGCAUCUUUUCAUUCUUCUGAGAAUAGCGAUGUAACACCUUGCCAUGUCACCUCUGAUCUUGAUGCCUGGUUUGUAAAUUUGAUGGACAAAGAGAAUCCAAGUGACUCUGAAAGGUUUGAGGUCAAGGCAAAAGCUUUCAUCUUUGGUAUGCAGUCUUUGCCACAUAAAACCAGGGAUAGACAUGAUUUCUACAGAGAAAUGAGUGAAUGUGCCCGAAGCGCUUUGUUUAAGGGCAAAGCUCCACAGGAUGGAUACGAAAUGCUUUUAAACCUUAUUCAUAGGGAGAUGUCAGAUGAUUACCCUCUGGGAUCUGUAAUGGACAUGAUACAACAUGCACUAGCACCCAGGCUGCGUCCUCUGCCACGCAUAUUUAAAUAUGUCAACAAACUGUUGGAUGCGUACGCUAAUGCAUUUACAGCAGAUACUUGUAGCACCCAGUUGAAAAUAAGGAAAUGGGAUAUUGUUCAGAGCCUGGGUGAACUGAUGUUCAAUUAUUCAUAUUAUUACUCAUCAAAAUAUCUUGAAUCAAGCUUCCCGGCUGUGGCCACUAUCGUCAACUGCAUCAAGCAGAUAUCUGCAGAGGACCUUGUGGGAGAUGGCGGAAAGGUGUCAAUCCUUGAAAGUUUUAUUAAUAAGUUGGCUGAAGCCAUGUGGGAAGAUAUAUACUGUGGUCAAAGCAAAGAAACCAGAAAUAGGUUGAAGUUUACAAUCUGCAGACUCCUCCAUUUCACUGGUUUUGAUCCAGAUAUAGAUCCAUCUUUACUUGACACCUUUCUCCAAGUUGUUCGUGUUGCCUAUGACACGGAGUGGAUACUUGCUGUAUCUUGCGUAUUGAUCCGUUAUGGUUGUUCAACUGGAGUUGUUACCCUUGAUGAGGGUAUAGAUGAGGAUGAUCCUGAAGUACAGGUACUUCUUUCACUCUUAAGCCCACCCACAACUCCUGUUCCUCUUGAGGAACUGGCUUCUCGGUUAAUUCUCCGAACAAGGAUACCUUACAGAGAGAGGCUUCCUGAUGUCCUGUGUGAGAAAAUAGAGGGUGAAAAGCUAACCCCCGAUCCUUCUCAAAUGUAUUCAUCACCAGAAUUUGAUGCAGAUUAAAUCCUGAGAAAUUUAUUUUACUUAUUCUUAAUGGACAUCUCUAUGGGUUAUUAAUUGCAGAAAAAAAUAUGUCUCCUGCCUUCUUUUUCCUCAAA